AUGCUUCCUCGCUGCUGCCACCGCCGCCGCUCGGGUGCCUUCUGCCUCGCCGUGCUCCUCCUGCUGCACCUGCACCCGCACCUGCAUGCGGGCGCCCAGGCCGCGCUCGCGCUCGCGCGGCAGGACGUCGCGGCGCUCCACGGCCUGCGCGCGUCCCUCGGCGUGCGCGCCAGCGACUGGCCCGACAGGGCCGACCCCUGCGUCUUCUGGUCGGGCGUCGCCUGCCGCGCCGGCCGCGUCACGGAGCUCCGCCUCUCCGGGCUCCGCCGCACCCGCGCGGGCGCCCGGCGCGCGGCCUUCGCCGUCGACCAGCUCCGGCGGCUCACCGCGCUGGAGGCGUUCAACGCCUCGGGUUCCCGCUUCCCGGCCGGAUCCCGUCCUGGUUCGGCCGCGGCCUGCCGCCGUCGCUUGCCGUCAUUGACCUCCGCUACGCACGCGUCAAUGGAGAGCUCCCGACCGAUCUCGGAUGUCUGGGAACCUGACCACCCUUGUUCUCUCCGUGGUGGAGCCGGAGUUUUGUUCAACGCCUCUGGUAAUUCCUUGUACGGCGCUAUCGGUGAUGCCACUGGGUCCCUCAGGAAGAGGUUCUGGGUUGUUGACGUCUCGGACAAUUACUUCGAUCAGGUGCUUGGAGCUGGGUUUCAGAAUGGGACCGAUGGUGUAGCGGAUUUCAGAAUGAACUGCUUGUCUGGUGCAGCAAGCCAGCGCAGCCGUGGGGAUUGUGAGGCGUUCUACACGAGGAACGGGGUGAGGCUAGCGUUGGACCCCAUGUCAUCAUCGCCAUUGCCGGAGCCACGGCCACCACAGCGCGCUGGUGAUUUGCUUGUUGAGAAGAAAGGAAGGAGACCGAGAGGAAGAGGAGUGGAGCAGACUGAGGAGGGCAUUCGGUCUGGGCGGAGAAGUAGUAGUGUGAAUCCCAUCACAAUGUCACCCAUGGCAUCCCCCGGAGCCAGUGGUUCACAAAAGGGCUUUCCUGUUAUCAUAGAUGAAUUCACCUAUGAGCAGUUGCACCAUGCUGCAGGGGGCUUUGGGGAUGAUAACCUUGUCAAGCGUGGGCAUUCCGGUGAUAUGUACCAUGGUGCCCUGGACAGCGGAUUUCAAGUUGUCAUCAAAAAGAUUGAUCUGAAGAGCAGUAAGAAGUGUCAGGUUGAGCUGAGCUUCCUUACAAAGCAUAGCCAUGGGAGAAUCGUUCCAUUGCUGGGCCAUUUGGCUAAGGAUGAGGAGGAAUUGCUGGUCUACAAGUACAUGGCAAAAGGUGACCUCACAACUGCACUGCACAAGAAGUCAGUGGAAGUUGAACAGGGUCUGCGCUCAUUGGAUUGGAUAACAAGGCUAAAGAUUGCAAUUGGUGUGGCUGAGGCCUUGUGCUUCCUUCAUGACGAAUGCAGUCCUCCGUUGGUUCACAGAGAUAUCCAAGCUAGCAGUGUGCUUCUUGAUGACAAUUUUGAAGUGCGCCUUGGGAGUCUGGGUGAAAUAUGCACUCAACAAAGUGCAGGAAGCCAGAGUUUCUUCUCUCGGAUUCUAAGAUCAUCGAGAUCCCUUGACAAGAACAUAUCAGGUCCACCAGCUACCUGCUCAUACGAUGUUUACUGUUUUGGGAAGGUGCUACUAGAGCUAAUCACCGGAAACUUUGGUGCGAGUGGCUCAACUGACGCAGACUCAGAAGAGUGGUUAGCAAGAACAUUAGGUUACAUCAAUGCCAAUGACAAGGAGGGUGUCUCAGGUAUUGUAGAUCCUACCCUUGUUGUGGAUGACGACCACCUAGAGGAAGUAUGGGCAGUGGCCAUCGUCGCGAAGACAUGCCUGAAUCCAAAGCCCUCUAGGCGUCCACUCGCCCGUUACAUCUUGAAAGCACUGGAGAACCCACUAAGGGUGGUGCGGGAGCAGGAAGAGCUCCAAUCCAACGCAUCUCAUCUCAGAAGUACCCCAUCUCACGGCUCUUGGCGUUUUGCCUUCCAUGGAAACAAGUACUACAGCUGGGAGGUCAUGCCAACGUCGGGGCAAGCACUUGCUCGGAAAAAUACAGCAAAGUCUCGGGGAAGCGAGGCAAGCAAUGAGUACGAAGAGAAUUCAUUCUCAUUCAAGAGGGCUUCACGGGAAAAUUUCCCGGAUCCCAUAGAGUUUGAAGAAAGUGUUGUUGUGUAG